CUGCGUCUCUCCGCUGUUCACACACGUACGUGUUAGCGGGGCUCGGCUCUCAUGUCUCCCCAGCUCUCUCUGCUUGUUUUCGCCACAAACCGUCCAGCUCUCUGACCGCCUGUCCUCUGUGUCUCUCCCCGGACGGCAGAGAUGCUCCGGCUCUGGUUCAAAGCAGCGGUUAUGCUCUGGCUCUUCCCCGGGGGCCUGGAAGCCGCAGCCCGCCUGUACACGGAGGAGGACCCGCUGGUGAUCCUGAGCAGCAGCAACCUGAAGCCCACCGUCAGCAACUCGUCUUCGGCCUGGCUGGUCCAGUUCUUCUCCUCUUGGUGCGGACACUGCGUCCAGUACUCCAGCACAUGGAAGACCCUGGCCCAGGACGUCAAAGACUGGCAGCAGGCCAUCAGUGUCGCCGUGCUGGACUGUGCUCAGGAGGAAAACUUUGACAUCUGUAAAGAGUACAGCAUCAAGUUCUACCCAACAUUCAAAUAUUUUCGGGCUCACGGCUCACCGACAGACAGAGGGACGACCUACAGAGGUGCAGACAGACAGAUCCAGUCAGUGAGACAGCUGAUGGUGAACAUCCUGCAGAACCACACCAGACUGGACUGGCCCGAUCACUGUCCUCCAUUAGAACCAUACAGCUCUGUGGAGCUCCUGCCUCUGCUGGGUCAAAGGUCAGAUCACUACACUGCCAUCGUCAUAGAAGAACCAGACUCCUUCGUGGGACGAGAGGUGAUCCUGGACCUGCUGCAGUUCUCAGGUGUGGAGGUAAAGAGAGCCCUGAGCUCUGAUCUCCCCCUGCUGGACGCUCUGAAGAUCACAGCCUUUCCCUCCAUCUACCUGCUGCACCCCAACGGGACACACACACACCUGCAUGUGCAGAAGCCGCUGCGUUUCUUCUUCUCCUCCUCGCUGAGGACGUUACCGGGUGUUCAGCGCAGGUUGAAGUCAGAUGGCAGCAGUUCCAGCGUCGGUCAGAUGGGGGCGCUGCCGGACAAACAGAGCACCGAACCCUGGAGAGACUUCGACAGGUCCAAGGUGUACACAGCUGAUCUGGAGUCAGCUCUCCACUACCUGCUGAGGGUCGAGCUGGCUACCCAUAGCACCCUGGAGGGGGCGGAGCUCCAGAUCUUCAAGGAUUUUGUCACUUUGGUUGCUAAGCUGUAUCCAGGUGGGGGUUCGGUGGUGAAGCUGAUGGAGACUCUCUCUGAUUGGCUGUUCAGUCUGCCGCUGCAGCGAAUUCCCUACCAGGCCGUCCUGGACCUAGUGGACAACAAGAUGAGGAUCUCAGGUGUGUUCCUGGGGGCAGAGCUUCGAUGGGUUGGUUGUCAGGGUAGCAGGGUGGGGCUCCGAGGUUACCCAUGUUCCCUCUGGACUCUGUUUCAUGUUCUGACUGUCCAACAUGACGCCAAGCCCAGCGCACUGGAAAAUACAGGUCUGGAGGGCGAGGCGGCCCCGGUGCUGCAGGUGAUGCGUCGGUACAUCAGGACGUUCUUCGGCUGUGAGCAGUGUGGGCGACACUUCGAACAGGCCGCUGACGUCAGUAUGGACAGAGUCCAGGACAGAGAGGACCAGAUACUGUGGCUGUGGAACCAACACAACAUGGUCAACUACAGACUGGCUGGCUCUCUGAGCGACGACCCCCUCUUCCCUAAAGCUCCGUGGCCAAGCCCCUCCCUCUGCGCCUCCUGCCACGAGGAGAAAAAUGGCGUCCACGUCUGGAACCACGACAACAUCCUCCGCUUCCUCCGACAUCACUAUGGAGCCUCCAACCUGUCCCCCAGAUACUCCCUGACUCCCCCACAUCUCCCUGCAUCUCCUCCAAAUCCUGAUCCUGUGCAAACCAGCCGUCCUCAGGAGGAGCACCAAGGAGGAGGAGGACAGAGAAAGGAGGAGGAGAGGCGAGCUGAGGAGCAGCCGGAGCCUCGACUCGAACACCAGGUUCAGAAGGGGGAAGACAGGGGUGAGGUGCCGGGGCACAGGGGGGGAGGAGGAGGAGCAGGGGGAGGCGUGUGGAUUCUGGGUCUGGGUUUUAACAGUGUGGACAUGAGUCUGUGUGUGGUCCUGUACGUCUGCUCCUGCCUCUUUCUCAUGCUCCUCUUCUUCUUCUUCAAAGUCCGAUCCAGAAGGUGGAAACUCCGACACUCCCGCCUCCACGUGUGACCCGGACCGGACCGAACCGAACCGGACCGGUCCUGAACAGACCGGUUUGGACUGGAUCAGUUCAGGGCUGGGGUCCACUCAGUGUCGCUCAGGCUUCAGGAAUAGUUCCAUGUUUAGUUAGAAAGUAGUUCCUGUGAAAUCCGUCUCCAGUGUUUCCAGUUUAUCCCAGUGAAACCACAGCAGUCAGCAUUUCCCCCUGCAGAGGGGGGAUGGACCUCCACUCAGCCACGCACCAGCGCGUGUCGUCCCUCUGUCCUCUGGUCAUGAGAACCAUGAUCGACCGUGAAGGCGGGAACCUGGAGGUGGUGCAGACCAGGUCCACGCUCUUCAGUCGUGUUGAGCUGUUUCAGUUUUUAAAAAGUUGUGCGCUUGGUUUUAAUCUUUGUGCAAAUUGUACUCGAGUACGGCAGGGCCGACCCUGCACCUGUGGAGGGCGCCGUUAGCCCGUUCACCGUCUGACUGACGUUCAGUCCAGUUUCCUGAUUCUGUGGUCGAAUGUUUGUUCAGUGAAUUUUAGUGUUUUUAUUCUGCUUCUGUUUAAAAUCCAGCCCUGAACCGGACCGGACCGGACCGGACCGGGUUUGGGUUUUAGUGGCUCAGAUGUGGAACCUGCUCUGGACGUGUUGUAUUUAAAGACUCAGGUUUAAACCUGGUCUGGACUCUGAGGACUGGACUUAUUUAUUUUCCCUUUCAAAGGCCAGACUGGAUCCUGAGCCCUGUUGUGUUUUCAGAUGUGUGUCGGAUCUGGACUGGACUGGAACCCAGGGUUCUGUGAGGAACCUGAUGAGAGACCAGUGGCAGACUGGGACUGAACUGGAUCAGACUGGUUCUGCUGGGUGGAGACUCUCAGAGUUCACUUUGUGCCAAAUGUUAAACCUGCUGACAGACAACUCACCUGUCCUCUCAGGCUCCGCCUCCAUCUACACAAACUGUGUGUGUGUGCGUGCAUGUGCGUGCGUGUGUGUGCGUGUGUGUGUGUGUUAGCCUCUAUUCUCUUUGCUGUGAAACAUGGACCUGUCCAGAUGAAUGAAUCUCUGCUGACACAGUGAUUGAUUGAUUGAUUGAUUGAUGAUUGGUUGAUGGAGGUAUUAUUGAUCAGCUGAUCAGUGAUGGAUUUUGGGAUUUGGUGACACCUCGUGGCCACGGCUGCUUCAUGAAUAAAAACAAAGAAUGUUGUAGUGUAAUAGCAUUCAGCCCAACAGUUACAUGACAUGCAGGUUUUGUGCGUGCGUGUGUAUGUGUGCGUGUGUAUGUGUGUGCAUGUGUGUGUAUGUGUGUGUGUGUGUGUAUGUGUGCGUGUGUAUGUGUGUGCGUGUGUGUGUAUGUGUGCGUGUGUGUGUGUAUGUGUGCGUGUGUGUGUGUGUGUAUGUGUGCGUGUGUAUGUGUGUACGUGUGUGUGCGUGUGUGUAUAGACCUUUAUAAGUGUAAUUUGCAUCAAAUCUGAAAAUCCGGAUAAUAAAUAUA